UGACGAGGUAGAAGGGAAAAUUGGGAGUGAGGACUUUUAAACAUAAAAUCAAGUCUAUCUUUUUAGCGUCGUUUACGUUAUAUGUUUCAUUCGGUCACUGCUUCUACACAAAUCUGCUCUUUAAAUACAGUGGAUUUUUAAAUAAACGUUCUCUGUCAUGUCAGAGAGAAGGACAAGACUGCAGGAGAGAUUGUAUCGCCCCGGGUAACUGGCCCUUUGGUGCUGACGAGGUUUUGUAAGAAGUUAUUGCCCUCCUCGUUGAGUCUCUAACAUAGAGAGCCGACAAUGCCUGGCCUUACCGUGACAGAAUCUGAGGAGUGUCAAAAACGCUUUCAGGCGGCCGUCGACGUCAUACAUAAUCUACCCAAGAACGGCUAUUACCGACCGUCAUAUGAGGUGAUGCUACGGUUCUAUGGCCUGUACAAACAGGCUGUAUGUGGCCCCUGCACAACAUCCCGUCCAGGAUUCUGGGACCCUGUUGGUCGUUAUAAAUGGGAUGCCUGGAAUCAACUGGGAGACAUGAGCAAAGAAAGUGCUAUGGCUGAAUAUGUGGAAGAGAUGAAAAAAGUGGCACAGGAAGUCAUAGACACCAUGCCCAUGAAUGAGAAGACUGCCUCUUUUUUCCAUUAUUUUGAGCCACUGUACCUUGUCAUUCAUGACAUGCCCAGGCCUCCAGAGGAACUUCUGAGCCGGAGGGCAGACGUAAAUGACAAUGAGCAAAUGGUAAGUCCAGCUGAGAGUGAAGUGGAGCAAAGGAAUCAAGAGGAGACUGUCCAUGAACAGGAGGGCACAGAGAGAAUACCUCACAGUGAGAGUGCAGAUUUGUCUCCAUCUGAGGGACUGGUGCUGACGAGUGAUUCUGAAAGUGAAAUCUACUGUGAUACAGUCGAGCAACUGGAUAACAUCAAGGUAAUACAAGUGGGUGCAGGAAAAGGUGGAGAGGGGGCUGAGAAUGGGCGGGGCCACCCCUCCAGGAGGAGGGAGACAGGAAGGGAGGGGAUGCGUCAAGGAUGGAGGGAACCUCAAGGAGGUAUGCCACAUCGUAGUGCUAGGCGGGCAGAGAGGUCAGCUCUUGGUGGAGAGGGGGGGGGAGGAGGAGACGACUCCGAGAGAGGAGGCGAGAGACUCCAGGACGCUGAGGUGGUGCAGCAGCAGAUAGUGCUGGCUCUCCGGAGGCUCAGAGAAGACAUGCACAGCGUCAUGGAGCGUCUGGAGGUUGUUGAGGGACUUGCUGCUGCUAAUGCUCAAAAUUCAGAGUGGAGGUCCCGUCUACAGCUAGUUCCUCCGGAGGCUGAGGAGGAAAGUUGGUGGCCAUUUGAUGUCUCUGGUCGUAUGAUGCUGCUCCUGCUGGUCUGGCCUUUCAUUGCUCAAGGACUGGUGUUCCUGCUGCAGUGGAGGAAGAAAAAAUCCCACGUGUCCUCAUGAAUCUGAUGUGCUCCGUCUUAUAUCGAAGGAAAAGUGCGUUGAGGGAAGAUCAAUAAGUUGGGUAGUGGGUUACUGGAGUUCAAGCAUCUGAUCAUUAUCCUCAGGGAAAACUGAAAUUUCUCCACACUGGGUUUCAGUAUUUUCCUCAUAUGUGUAGGAUACCAAAAAAAAAAAACCCUGAUCUUUCAGUCUUAAAACAAAAUGGUGUUAAGGGGAAUUUCCAAAGAAACAGAGUUAAUGGUCAUUUCCUAAUUUCAUGUUUUACGGUUGAGAACUUUGUUCUCUAUUUAUUGGAGAAUACAUAAAGAGGUGAGUUGUAACUAUUACCAACACAAUAUUCACAUGCUUGAUCUUUGUAAAAUACCCUUUAAUGAAAACAGCAAGACUGAGACAUUUGUUGGGGACAUCAGGAGUUACAGGCGGUCUGGAAGAAGGUUUAAUCACAUAUAUAUCUUGAAGUACUUAGGAACAUUACCUGUCCCUGUUUUUUUCUGUAUGGAAAAAAAUAAUAAUAAUGCCAUGGUAGGUUCUGACAGCAAAAUUGUUGUCAAUGAAGAAAGCCUUAAAUGGCUGGUCUGAUAUUCACAAUUGAAUUCACUGUGGGUUCAUAUAAAGCACUUUAAUUUAAACACUUAUCAGUUAUAAGGAUAACAGAAAAUGAUGUAACUGUGCUUACAAUUGAGAGAAACAUAUACUAAAAAUGAUUGUUUGAGGAAGUAUUGUGGACUCAGACAAAAAGCCAU